AAAAGCAACCUUUAAUUUGGUGGUUUGGUUCACCCGCUACUUCCUCCAAAUUUCAGAAAUGCCAUUCUCUAUCUCUCUCUCUCUUUUGGUGUUUUAAUAGUCUGCUAUUCAACAAUGACUCAAUGAGAACUGAGAGAAGUUGCUGAAGAUGGAACCUUAGAAAGAAUCUGCUUGUAAUUUAAGCAAAUGGGUACUGCUCAAUUUUCAAAAAGAUUCAUUCUUUUUGUUAAUCUUUUGCUGCUGCUCCUUUUUGUGCACUCUUCUGAUGUCGAUUUUGAGGAAAAGGGUGGUUUGAAGCUGAAUAGUCCCUUAAUAGCUAACAACAAUGACACAAAAGAUUCAGAUGAACAAAAGGGUGGGAUCAGAUUUGGGACUGAUUCUGUAGAAGUUACCCAAGUGAAGAAGGAAGAGAAAUUCGAAACUUCGAAUGAGGUUAUUCAGAAAGAUAUUGAUAGGAGCAAUAUCAGUGAGUCAUUACAGUCUAAAGAAGGUCAUGAUCAGAAAAUUCAUGAUGAUAGUAAAAAUAUGGAGUUGAAAUAUAAGGAUGAUGAGAGUGGCAACUUAGGAGGGUUGGGAGAAGGGUUUGGAUCGAAAAGCGAGCCUAAAAAGGAUGGCAAUGAAGAAUCAAAUGGCUCCUUGAUAGGAAUGGAGAAGGAUAAAUUUCGAGAUGAUGAAUGUGAUCCAUCUAGAAUGUGUGUUGACCAGAAGAAGAAUUUCACUGCCUGUUUGAGAGUUCCAGGCAAUGAUUCCCCGGAUCUCUCACUUCUGAUUCGGAAUAAAGGAUCAGAGCCUGUUAAUGUUACAAUUACAGCUCCUGAAUUUGUUCAGUUGGAGGAAGCAAAAGUUCAACUUCUACCCAAAGAAGACAAAAAGGUUAAGGUUACUGUGGCGUAUGAGGGACUAGAUAGCUUAAUAUUAUUGACGACAGAGGAUAGCCGCUGUACUCUGGACUUUAAGGAGUUAAUACCCCGCGAUUCCAUAAUAGAAACCCAUUAUUCUUUUACACUCAGAUAUAUCAGCAAUUUGACCCGAACUCACUGCAUAAUAUUCCUAACUCUGUGUGUAUUUUUCAUUUUUGUAUCUGCUUGGAUGUGUUCUGGCUUGUGUAAGAAAUUUUAUCAAGGGAACAUGUAUCAGACCAUCGAUAUGGAGUUACCCAUUUCACAAGUGUCGAAAAUUGGUCCCGAACUAAAUGAUGGUUGGGAUGAUAGUUGGGAUGAUCAUUGGGAUGACGAAGAGGCUCCCAAGUCACCAGCAUUGCCUGCUACGCCUAAUCUUUCGUCAAGGGGCCUUGCUUCUCGGCGACUUAACAAGGAAGGGUGGAAAGAUUAAUGUCUUUUUUGGUGGGCAUCUCUUAUAAUCUCUCUUGUUUUUAUGUAUAUCUUUUAUUUUCUUGGUGAUGAGAUAUGUGAUAAUUACGGAAUAGAAACUUGAGAUUGGUUUGAAGUAGGAGUUCUGUAUACAUUAGAUUUAUAGCAGCAAAAUUCUGUCUGUGUAACUGUAACCUUGUGCUUUAGAUAUCUAUUGAUUAUAACUCAAAAUAUUAGAGCUAAAA